CGGCAUACAGCAGCGACUGACAUCCGGUAGUCGGUCUCUUCGUCGCACGGGAGACAAGCGGCCACCCCAUCACACUCGCUGGCUGGCGUGAGAGCUCAUGCACUCAUGGUCAGGCACAUUGAGAACAGGCGCAAAGGAUGAGCUUGAGUAGUCCUGAGGGCAGCGACAGCAGCGGCGCCAGCACCUCGACGAUCCCCACACCAUCAACGAGCACCACCAGCAUUCGACGGCGCACGUCCCAAGCGACCUCGUCCUCUUCCUCAUCUUCACGCCAUCAAGCCAACGGUGACCCCAUCGUCCCCAACGUUGAGAGCAUCACCGGCGGUGUUGGCAGGACCGGAGGCAUCAGCUCCACGACGGGCCCCGAUCUAUUUUCCUCUUCACCCUUACCCGCUUACUCGACCAUCUACCAGUCCAGUGCGGAUCACCAGCUCACCCGCAGUGUGUCCAGUCCAGGGCUUUCGCUAGGAGCGCACAGGUUAAGGUGUAUUGGUACAGAGGGUCACGCCGACGAGGACUACGAAGACAAAGAAGACUCGCCUUGCACACCUGUGAACGCCGUCUUUUCUGUUGCACGUCAUCCUCACCACUCUUCUCGAGCCGCCGCUCUGUGCACGAACGACUCUGAAGAACGAGUCCAGAACCUACAAGCAUCUGCUAUCGCAAGCAUUGCGACAUCAAGGCAACAAGCUGGCCGCCAGCAGUAUCAAUCGGGGUCCUCUGCCGCCUUUCGGACAUAUGCGUACGACCCUCACCUUGCCCCCGCUGUACUUGAGGCUACUUCCGACGAAAUCCACGCUGCACGGCACCGUGCUCGCUCCGAGGCGCUGCUCGACCUAAGGAUUAGAUCGAGAGAACCUUCUAGUGCGGCAACACAUAGACCGCAGACACCCGAGCUCAACAAGUUCUCUAGCAUACAGUCACCCUCCGACGUCUUCACCUCACCUGUCGUCGGCACUCCUCGGAACUCGUCGAGUUUCUUCUGGCUUGAGGGUACAACGCCCAGCGCACCGACCCGUGUGUCGCCUACCACAGCUCGUAAAGGCCAAUCAUCCGACUCCUCUGGACCGCCCAGCUCUCCUUCUCCUCUUCCUCCCAGAGCCACGGCACACGGCGAGCAAACCAUGCCUGCAGCUGUCACAACGACGACUGGCACAGCGUCCGCGGGCGCGUACCUCGCAGCUCCCAAGCAUCCUUUCAGCGCCCUGCAGGGCCGCAGUCGUGCAUCUACGCUGUCCUCGAUCGACGAACGACCUCAGGUACCGGUUGCAUCUGCUUCGUCGGACUGGUCCACGCCCCCGACAAAGGGUGUCUACGGGCCGAAUGUGUUCCUCGGUUCUUCAGGCUCGAGCACAAGCACAAGCAGCAACAGCAACAGCGGCUACCUUACAGCGAGAUCUCAGGCAGGCAGCUCGCGUGGCGCCAGCAAGCAAGCCCGCCCGGUGUCGAUGAACUUUGAUCUUUUCCCGCGAGACCUCGAUAGUCUCUCUGCUGCUUUCUACGCCGAUUCCAGCCUCGAGGUCGGGGCCAACGGAGCCGCAGACUCCAGUGGCAACGACGCCGAGAGACCCGUAUUAGGCAUUUGGAACCGUACCAGUGCGCAGCAGCACGGUCAUUCGUCGGCGCAUGCACCUACACUGAAUGGGAGUGGCGGCACGGGAUCUGUCAGUCGUCGGGCGACAGGCGACUCUUCAUGCGAAAUUGGAAGCGGCAGCGGCGGCAGCAGCAGUGGCGGUCAAGGCAACAUCACGUCGAGUUUCCUGCUCCGCCCCACACCCGAUAGCUCGUUCGACGCCGGUAGCUCAAGCGGCGCGAGCAGCAAGCCUUCAGCUGCAACGCAGGCGAGCUCACCACGACUCGAUCCAUUUUCCUCGCCGCAAGCGCCUCGUAGACUCCAGAACAGACUAAAGUCCAACACGAUCACAGGUGUCGCUCCAUCGAAAUUCGACAACUCAAGCCCUAGAAGCGGGCUGUCGGGAGGACCACACAAUCAUGGCGGCGGUUUGGCGCUCAAGCUUUCUUCCUUUGCUUCGAGGCCGGUCUCGCCUUCGCCCCUCGCGGAAAGCUGGACGUCUGGUGUUGGUGGCGUGGGCUGCCGCGCGGGUGGAGCUGAGCUGGACAUCUCACGACGAGCUGCCUUUGCACCUGGAGCGUCGUCUGCUUCUUCCCUGCCCCCUCCAGCGCCAUAUCAGCUUUCGCUUUACGCUUCCCAUGCAGCCUCUGCUUCCCAAAGUGGGCAUAGUGCUGCGGGAAGCACAGCGGGUGGCGACUCGCCUUCGAGCGCGAGCGCACUCAGCGCCUGCGAGCUCUGCGGUGCAAAGGUGGCCUUGCUCACCGUCCUCAAUCCGUGUGGACACAAGGCCUGCUCGUCGUGCACAUCGUCUGGCCUCAACCAAGUGUCUACCUCGCCGCCACGUCCGCACAUAUGUGCCGCAUGCCUGACGCCUGUCGAAGGUAUCUCGUUACCCAGUCGCGAUCGCAGCCAGUCGAGCGCGUCAGCCGCGAGCUGGACCAGCACGAGCCUCAGCUACAGCGGCGAAUCUGUCACGACAGCUUCUCUCGCCUCUCCUGAGAGUAGCGUCGGCGGAAGCGGUGGCUCGCGCCUAUUCAGUCCGUACGACGCUGGCAGCGACUCGCCCAUGGCGGGUUUUGCACCGUCGUUCGCAAGCGCCAACGCCAGCAACGGUGGCAACCAGAAGGAUUACGGUUCGAACUCGGGGCACGGCUCGUGCAAGAUUGAGUCCGGAGCUGCGCAGAUUCACGUAAGCAGCAUUGACACGCUUGUCAAGGAGCUCAAGCUCACGUCAUCUCAGAACGGCGUAACAGGAGGCAGAAGCAGCAGCACUCCGAUAGAUGCGCGUGAGGCUGAGCUGGCAGAGGUCGCCAACGAGGUGUACAGCAUCGAAACACUGUGCGUUGUCCGCAUCGACAACAUCCCAUGGAGCGUCAAGUACUCGGACGUUCUCAGUUGGGUCCCCGCCGAACUUGGCAUACUGCCAGAAGAGGAUGUGACCGCGCAAGCAGUGCAUAUUCCCAUUGACGUCAGCAAUGGCAAGACGAGCAAUGCGUGCUUUGUCGAGUGUCGGACCAAGAAGGCGGCCAUGCGCCUGAUCCGGCAUCGCAACAACAGUCGACUCUGUGGGCGACCCGUCAGCUUGAUCCAUUCCAGCUACCAGGAGCUGCUGAAUGAGGUGUUCCCUGCGCGCGUAGGCGCGAGCACCUCCUCCUCAGCAACGGGUGGGGGUGGAACACGCUUCUUCACAGGCAAGCAGCUCGAGAAUCUGCUCGGACUGCUCAAGAGCGGGUCUUUGCAGCUCAAGGAUCCGGUGAAGCCCAUCGAGUAUCUAACCAGCAUUGUUAGCUUGGUCCCGUCUGAGUUAUCGUCUGAUCAAAAGUCGCUUCUAUUUGAGACAAUCAAGGAAGCAAUUACGUCGAGCCUCUCCAAAGCUGCAUCCACGGUUGGCAUGAGAUCAGGCCUUGACCGCCUGCUUUCGAGCACGGGGCACUGCGAUGCGCUGCAGCUGGAACAAAAACUGGAACUCAUCGACCAUGCACGCGCCGCGCUCACGGGCGUCAAACUGCCCACGGUGUCGGAGUGUCUGUCGAGGAGACCGUCGGCUGCAACCACGCUGAUUGGCCACGCUCGAAGCGCGUCGAGCAUGGCUGUUAGCCCACUUGGCGUUGAUGUACGGCAAGGUGUCGCACCUGCCGCUUCUCCCGCGCCAAGCUUUCACACUUCGCACUCACAUCAGCAUCAGCAUCAGCAGCAGCAGCCGCAAGUAGGCAUGUGGGGCCAGGAGGAUGCUGCUCCUCCAGCGUUAGCGCCCUCCAUGCAACAGUACCAGAACCAGAACCAACAUCAGCGCGUCUACAGUCUCGGCUUCCCCGACACGAUGCCUCAUCAUCAGCUUGGGCCUCCAUCGACGUCUGCAUACAGCCGUUUACCGAUGCCGGAGCCGCAGAUGUACGACCAGCGGGGCAUGCCGCCUCCGUCGAUAGCCCCGCCUUCUCCACUCGGGCCCUCUGGACCAUCCUACGGCGGGUCCCUGUCUGGCAUGCCUGCAUCGCCGAUCGCGACGGCUCCGGUGUCAGCACCGAUGUCUGUGUCUGUACCUUCGCAAGCUUAUGCUGGGCGCCCAGCAGCAGCUCCUCUUGCAGCCAACGGCGAGGCGCUCGAAGCGCUCAAGCAGCAGUUUCCCGGACAGGGAGACCAGUUUGAAGCGCUCGUCAGCGCUGUCGCGGCGGCUCUGCGCCAGGAACAUCAGCCUCAGCCUCAGCCUCCUCCACCUGCUCACACUGCGACACAGUUCAUGCCUCUCUCUCCUGUCCAUCCGUCAUCUCUGUAUGCACUGCAGCAAGAGCAGCUGCACAAUCCCCUACACCAGCAACAUCAACAUCAACACCAUUAUCAUCACCAGCAUCAGCACCAACAGCAGCACCAACAGCAGCACCAACAGCAGCACCAGCACCAGCAUCCGAACCAACACCAGCAUCAGCAUCAGCUCCAGCUCCAGACCGCCACUCACCACCAUCAACAGCACCAGCAACCGCAACAGCAACAGCGGCAAUUCGAUGUGCAACAACCCCAGCAUUCACCUUAUCCCCAGGGGCAAGAACAGGGCCUGCUUCAGCAAUACUAUCUGGGUCCUCAAACGGGCAAUGGUUUCUGAUGAUCAUGAUCGGAUUUGCACCCUUUUUGUGCGCUUCGCUUGCAUAUGAAAAACCAACAGCACACUGCGCCGCAUUCUCAAGGCAUUCGUUUGGACCAAUAAGCGGCCAAAACAUUGAAGGGGAGGGGGAGCGCAUAGGCAUAGCAU